ACAGGCGUCACACAACGCGCUGUGCCGUGCGUGAUCUAUAAACUCUGCCUCGGCCUCCUAUGAUUUUCUCGAUGGUAAUCGCGCUUCAAAAUCAUGUUAACACGGUGUUUUUUAUUUAAUUAUUGUUUUCCCAGUGUAGCGUGAGAUAAGAAUCUCUCGGGUGACGUUUAAGUGAUUUUUUGACGUUCUAAAGGCGGACCUUUGCUAUAAAGAUAUUAUUUUGUGUUGUAAUUGUCGGACUCUUACUCGUCGGAAGCAUGUACUCGAGCGUGCACGUGCGUCGUCGGUAUUAUAAGUAAAAUAUCUGGCAACUAAUGGAUAACUACCAGCCCCGGCCGCCUCCCUUGCCCAGGAGGGUGAGGAACAUUUACGCUGAGCCCUUCUCCCAUGAACCAAGGUUGGCACCUGGUCUGCAGCAAACGCAGCUGUCGCAGACACUACCGUCAGCCCCACCAGGAGGUACGCUACAAGCAAGCGGACCGGGAGGACAAACCUCGAACUUGGUGAUGCCAGUUUUUCCUCUGGUUCGACCGGCCCCUCAGACCAGCUCUUCGCACUACUCUCCUUACUCGCCGUCCAGGUUUCAUAUCGAUAAAAGAUGUCAGCACAGAUGUUCAUGGAAGUGUUUGAGUAUCGGACUGAUUUUGUUGGCUGUGGGGUUAUCAGCAAUGUUGGCUUAUUUUGCAGCUGUAAGUUCAAUGAAACCAAAUAUCGACUCAUCAAACUGCAUACUAGUUCAAGAUGUGAAAGAUGUAACAAACGAUCAAAUUAUGAUGGGAUCUUCUACACAGCCGUCAACGGAAGAAUCGCUGCCGACCAGUACAGCCGAACAUUCGGCGAGCGCCACCACAGCUCAUAGCUCCAUCCAACACCAGCAACCUUCACAACAGCAACAACAACAGCAGCAACAGCAACAACCGCAAACGCAAUGGCCUCCAUUACCGUUACUCGAGCAAACCGAGCUGGAUACUUUGCAUUCGGCAACCAUUCCGCCCUAUCAAUUCUGGAACAGCGAAUUCAGGAAUAAACAGCCAGCGUUUAUCAAUUUUAAUUUUACUUUGCCGUGGGGCGCGAAUUUCGCUGUUUAUGGGAGAAGGAAUGUGGCUCCGAGUGUUACGCAGUAUGAUUUCGUGGAGUUCGUUAAAGGAGGAAGAAUUGAUCAUCGGCUGAGACGAAAGAGGGAUGUUAGUGAAGAUUUUCCCGACUUGCCUUUAGUAUCCGAGUUAAAACUCUCUUACGACUAUCGAACAACGCACAAGAGCGACGUCCUCGACUCCAUAUCGAACUCGUACGAAGGUACCAAGAAAAUUCUGGCGGACUCCGAACCUCGCGGCCCUUUCUACAUUCCACACAGUAUUAAAAUUGAUUUCGAAAGACAGUUGCCGAACGAAAACUCUAACAGGGACUCUAGCACGGAUUUACCUCAUCCCACUUUGGACAUCGGCAUAGAGCGGGAGGAGCUGGAUCACGUGAUUUCGAAGAGGGAGGCGGAAAUUGAACCGAUGAUGGUGAACGUUAGUUUGUUGCAUUAUCUGGAUACCGGGAGAUGGUUCUUGUCGGUUUAUAAUGAUGAGCUUCAACCUCACAGUGUAUCACUGAUAAUAUCCGAAGCCGAAGGAGUCAGCACAACCUGCCCCAACGAUUGCUCCGGGAGAGGCUCUUGUUAUCUAGGCAAAUGCGACUGUAUCGAUGGUUUUCAGGGAAUUGACUGCUCUAAAAGUGUUUGUCCAGUUCUGUGCUCGGGGCACGGGCAGUAUGGCGGAGGGCUCUGCCAUUGCGAACAGGGCUGGAAAGGUCCGGAAUGCGAUAUCCCCGAGACCGACUGUCGCAUCGCGGACUGUUCGGGUCACGGACAGUGCGCGAGAGGCUCCUGUCACUGCAAACCCGGAUGGAAAGGUGAAGGAUGUGAAGAGCCAGAUUGCGAGGACCCGACGUGUUCAGAGCACGGGGCCUGUGUUCAUGGACAAUGCUACUGUAAAGCCGGUUGGAAAGGGACCCAUUGCGACAUCAUCGACGAACAAGUCCAUAAGUGUUUGCCUACGUGCUCCGAUCAUGGCGUCUACGAUUUGGAGGCGGCAAAAUGUAUCUGUAACAGGCACUGGACGGGCCCGGAUUGCUCUCAAGCACUUUGUAAUUUGGAUUGUGGACCUCAUGGACAAUGCGACAUGGGCAAAUGUCGUUGUGAACCUGGAUGGACUGGAACACGAUGCGAACAGUUACCUUGCGAUAUACGAUGUCAAGAACAUGGUCAGUGUAGGAACGGAACAUGUGUUUGUUCUCAAGGAUGGAAUGGACGUCAUUGCACGUUACCGGGAUGCGAAAACGGAUGUUCUGGACAUGGCCAGUGCACUCUUGAAGAAGGACUCUAUAAAUGUGUUUGUAUUGCUGGUUGGGCUGGAUCAGAUUGCAGUAUUCCAUUGGAACAGGAUUGCCAUGAUGAUAUGGAUAAUGACCACGAUGGAAUGACCGACUGUUCAGAUAGUGAAUGCUGCUCACAUCCGAGCUGCUCGGAUCACAUCAUGUGCAUCUCCAGCAACGACCCCGUCGAGGUUCUGCUUCGCAAGCAGCCACCUUCGGUAACGGCCUCGUUCUACCAGCGAGUCAAAUUCCUCAUUGAGGAAAACUCGGUGCAAUCUUACGCUCACAUGGACGAAUACACCGAAAGCGAGUUUUGGAACUCCUUUACACCGCGCCGAGUCGCAGUCAUGAGAGGCCAAGUCGUGACUCCCCAGGGAUUGGGAAUUGUUGGAAUUCGGGUGUCGGUUGACCGGGAAUCCCGAUUUGGAUUCACCCUAACCAGACAAGGAGGAUGGUUUGAUGUACUGGUAAAUGGUGGAGGAGCAGUAACAUUGCAGUUCCAAAGGUCUCCAUUUAGACCGAUGACGAUAACCGUAUUCGUUCCAUGGAAUCAGAUUAUAGUUCUACCUCCCGUUCACAUGCAAUUAAGUGAAGACACUGAAAUCGGACAUACACCUCAGAAAAGCUUUUUGGCAAGAAACCCCGCUCUCAACUUCCCUGGAGUGUCCCGAAACUUCUUCGGACCGAACGGAGCCCUUCCACUCACCUGCGAGGAACACGAUCCCGAACUACUUAGCCCGAUCAUUACCGGAACAUGGAUGCCGGAAGCCGUAGGAGGCAUGCAAGGCAAGAGCGUCGUCUUCGCUGAGACGCAGAUCGUCCAGGAGUCCAUCGCCAUUCCAGGCUCGGACCUGCACAUUUUGUACCAAAGCUCCCAGGCGACGGGCUAUCUCAGUAUCAUCUACAUGAAGUUGACGGGGCCGAAUAUUCCUAGUUCGUUGACGCACGUGCAUGUCAGAGUUGAGGUCGAAGGCUCUCUACACACGAAAACAUACGAAGCCGAUCCGAAUCUGAUGCACACUUUCGCAUGGAACAAGCGAAAUGUUUACAAACAAAAAGUGUACGGUAUCGUCCAAGCAAAAGUGUCCAUCGGAUAUCAACACAGCACAUGUCUGGAACCAGUGUGGGAAACACAAACGGCCGACAUAAAAGGGUUUGACGUUGACAUAUCUGAUAUCGGGGGUUGGGGCCUUGACAUUCAUCACCACUACAACUUCUAUGAAGGUAUUCUCCAAAAGGGCGAUGGGUCAACUUUGCAUUUCAAACAAUACCCUCGCAUGGUACGCGUCAUCAUGGGCACGGGUCUCCAGAGAGCUCUGAACUGCCCCGGUCAGUGUGGGGGUCCAGCCAAAGAUGCAAAACUGCUAACGCCGGGCUCGCUGGCGACCGGUCCUGACGGCAGCAUCUACGUUGGAGAUUUCAAUUUGGUCAGGAGGAUUACUCCCGAGGGCAAUGUCUAUACAGUGUUGCAAUUAAGAGCUACACAGGUUGCAUAUCAAUACUACUUAACUGUUUCACCAGCUGAUGGACAUCUGUAUGUAUCCGAUCCAGAAAAACAUCAAAUUCUGAAGGUGUUGAUGCUUGAUCCAAUUCAAGACCCCAGCAUCAACAGUGAACCGGUUGUUGGAAACGGUGAAAGGUGCAUUCCAGGAGACGAAUCAGCUUGUGGAGAUGAGGGACCGGCUAAGCACGCCCGAUUGGCACAUCCAAAAGGUAUAGCGAUUGCUGUUGAUGGUACUAUGUACAUCGCCGAUGGAACGAACAUCAGAGCAGUUGAUCCCAAAGGAAUUAUUCACACGUUAAUUGGGAAUCACGGGCACCAUAACAGGUGGACACCGAUUCCUUGUAAAGGAGCUGUGGAAGCAACUCAGGUGCAACUUCAGUGGCCAACUGGACUUGCUCUUAGUCCUCUCGACGGUUCCUUACAUUUCAUCGAUGAUAGACUGAUCUUCAAAUUAACCGUAGAUUUGAAAGUAAAGGUAGUAGCCGGCACUCCUCUGCAUUGUCACCGUGAGGAGAACAGCACUAAAGUCAGCGAAAAUGUUUUGGGCACAGUUUUGGCAAUGGCGUUUGCACCUAAUGGCGACAUCUAUGUAGCCGAGUCAGAUACUCAUAGUGUCUACUAUAUAAGGUUGAUAGAUACAGCUGGUAAAAUAACCCACUUUGCUGGUAAGAUUCCCGACAAGCCAAAGAAGAACUGCGACUGCGCCUUGAACAUAACAACCGCUAAUCCCCUAGGAGGCAGACCGCAAGAACUAUCUCCCUGCUCCUGCGCCACUACUGAAGAAACGACCAGCAACGCCGAAACGCUCCUGUCGUCCAACGCUCGCUUCCAGGCCAUUUCCGCUCUGGCAGUCUCGCCCGGAGGGGUAUUACAUGUCGCCGAUCAAGGUUCAUUGCACAUAUUGUCUCUGGAACAUUAUCUUCCGACUCAUGACGAAAAUGGAGAAUUCCGGAUACCCUAUCCUGCAGCUGGAGAAGUCUACGUGUUUAAUCGAUACGGCCAGCAUGUAGCUACAAAAGAUCUCGCCUCAGAUAAAACCAGAUAUACGUUCCUCUACUCCAAAAACACAAGUUUCGGCAAAUUGUCGACUGUCACCGAUAGUUCUGGUAAUAAAAUCCAAUUCCUGAGGGAUUACAGCAACGCCGUUAGUUCCAUUGAAAACACUCAGGACCACAAGUCUGAGCUUAAAAUUUCCGGAGUGGGUUAUUUGGUUAAACUGAGCGAAAAAGGAAGAGCGGAUAUUGAACUGGAUUAUGAUAUGAAUACAGGGUUGCUCGCUAGCAGAUCAGGGGGAUGUGAAACAGUUAUAUACCAAUACGACUGGUUAGGUCGUGUAACAGGAGUAAUAUUACCCAGUGGUGAGACUUUACAGAUAACAUCGAAGAUUUCAGAUCAAGGAAGCUUAGAAGUAUCGGUCAGUAGACCGCCAAAUAUGUUAAGCAUUAGCGGAAAAGCCAACAAGCAUGUUUUGAGCAUAGACAGAAAAGAAGUAACUGAAGUCCUGACCCUCACCAACUCCACAGUAGCUCUUAAAUCAGCUUACGAUGGAUCAAUGAAAGUAUGCGCUAUAGCUCGUCAUCCACUCUUAGAAGCAUCACUCCCGGUUGAAGCUGAACUUCUUCCAGUCUGGUCAGAACAAACUACAUUGUUCGGAGAUGGUAUAGAAAACGUGAUGUCAACCUCGUUCAGUCUCGUUGGUGAUGUUCGCAAUCCACAGCAAACCUUAUACAGGGAAUUGUUUGUUAACCAUACGAAAAUACUGGGAAUAGAAUUUGAUCAGUUUACAAGUAAAGAAACUUUUUUCGAUGUCGAUAAGCUUCCGUUGUUGACAAUAACUUACGAUCCAGCAGGACUUCCAUUAUUGUACACACCAUACAAUGGCGCUGAUUUCGUCAAUAUUACUUAUGAUCAUUUUAACAGAAUAGACAGUUGGAAAUGGGGCGUUUCUGAACUAAAGUACAGCUACGACCGCCAUGGAUUACUUUCUGAGGUUACCAGUCCUUUAGAUGGUACUCAAAUUUAUGCUUAUGACGAUACAAACAUGUUAGCAAAAAUCACAUUAGCUAGUCAAAGAAGUUUUUCCUUAAGUUACGAUGAUAAUGGCGGCCUUAGACACGUGACCUUACCAAGUGGUACCAAAUAUUCCUUUAGCCUACAACCCACCCUAGGUUUCCUUAGAGCUACCUUCACUCCACCUGGUAGCAACAAAUCAUACCUCCAACAUUUCACAAACUCUGGACGACUGCUCCAGACAGUUUUCCCUGGCGAAGGUGCCAAAAUCGUGUACAGGUACUACGACAAUGGCAAACUGAAUGAAGUUGUUCACGGAGAUGGCAAAACAGUUUAUCAGUAUUCAGAAACUUCGGGUCUACCCAGCCAAGUAAACCACGUGGAGACUGAUCUCGAAUAUAGAUGGGACUACCAAUACACUGGAGGUCUACUGUUGGAAGAACGGAUAGACUUUGGUGCCAAAACGGGUCUCAGCAACGCAAAAUUUACCUACGACUAUGACAAUAAUUAUAGACUUAUAACUGCCCAAGGCAGAAUCGGUGGUCAAAACUUGCCCCAGCAUAAUUUGGGGUACAACCAUAAGACUGGGUCUUUAGAGAUGAUAGGACCUUUUAAAAUAAUCAAACUAAGAAUUAACGAAACCAACGUUUAUGAUGGUACGGCUUUAUUUUCCAGUACUGUUAACUCUAGGUUAUUGGAGACCAGAGUUGCCUUAACUAUUCAUGGAAUGGAAGUGUUUAGAAUGGAGUUUAGUCAUGAUAUACACGGGAGGAUAUCUCAAACCCGUACUUAUACAAAGAACGUAGGUGUUAAUACAUACACAAACGUGAAGAACUACACUUGGGAUUGUGAUGGUCAACUACUUGGAGUUGAAGCUCAAGAGCCAUGGGGAUUCCGAUACGACGAUAAUGGCAACAUGUUAUCAUUAACUUAUAGGGGUAACACAAUUCCGAUGGAGUACAACCCAAUGGACAGGAUUAUCAAAUUCGGUGAAGGACAGUACAAAUAUGACAGUAGAGGAUUGGUAAUACAAAACGCAAGAGAAGAAAAGUUCCAUUACAAUUCCAAAGGUUUACUUAUUCGUGCAACAAAACGAGGAAGAUUCGAUGUUCGGUAUUAUUAUGACCACAUGGACAGAUUAUCUGCAAGAAAGGAUAAUUUUGGCAACGUGACGCAAUUUUUCUACAACAACGCCCUAAAUCCUAGGGAAGUCAGCCAAAUCUAUUCUCCAAGGGAUGGAAAGUUAAUGUCACUUGUAUAUGACAAUAGAGGACACCUCAUCUAUUCACAAGUGUAUAGACACAAGUACUACGUAGCUACCGACCAAUGCGGCACACCUAUCAUGAUAUUUAAUCAGUAUGGAGAAGGAAUUCGGGAAAUUAUGAGAUCACCGUAUGGACACAUAGUCUAUGACUCUAAUCCAUAUUUGUACCUGCCCAUUGAUUUUUGUGGAGGUAUCCUUGAUCAAGUAACUUCAUUGGUUCAUAUGACUAAUGGUAAGGUCUACGAUCCUCUGAUUGGCCAAUGGAUGUCGCCUUUAUGGGAAAAUGUAUUAGGCAGAAUUCCUACUCCAACGCAUCUGCAUUUAUACAGAUUCAACGGAAAUGAUCCAAUCAAUGUUGAAUUGGAUAGGACAAGACCACAAGAUCAUCUUGACUGGUUAAAGAAAAUAGGAGUAAAUCUAAAGAACUUAGCUCCUCAGCUUUACCCAGACGAAUUACCAGGUGGACAGAUGCCUCCCUUCCUAUCACAUCCUCCAACAUUUUGGAAUCCGUCCAAGACUGGUCUUGAUAGCGAAUUAAACUCCCAGCCGUCUUCCGUUGAAAUUCAUUCUGGAUUUUUAGCCCAUCUGAACCUAAGGAAAAUGUUGACAGCAAGGGAAUUAUCAGUAUUUUCUAAAUCUGCUCUCAAAACAAACGUUAUUGACUUGGUGCCGAAGAAGAUCGGAUCAGCGUCUGAUCCACCCUUCGGACGAGGCAUUUUGGUGUCUCAAACUGAGUCAGGACAAGCCAUUGUAUCUAGUGUUCCUGCUGCAAAUGCAAUUUAUAGAGAUGUUUAUACGUCUGUGUUCAACAGAUCUUUUAUGUUACCUUUUACCUUUAUUGUUCAUAAUGCACAACAGGAUGCGUUCCAUUUUGUUAAGGAUGAGACGUGGAAGGCCAAUGAUGACAAAGGUCAGCUAAAACGUCUCCAAGGUCAAGUAAACACAACAUUCCAUGAAAUCGCCAAAGAAAACGGCAGUGGUACCAACUACUUCGACGUAAAAAUCCAUGGAUCUAACGUAGUCAUCAAUCUACGUUACGGCACAACCAUAGAAAAAGAAAAACAAAGACUGCUCCACCAUGCCAAACUCUCAGUUAUCAGAAAAGCUUGGCACAAGGAAAAAGAAUGCUACAAGAACGGUUUCACCGGUAGCGUUGAUUGGAGUGUUAGUGAGUUAGAAGAACUUUCAAAGGUCGGGUACGUCAGCAAUUAUGAAGGGGAGUAUAUCCACGAUGUACAGCAAUACCCAGAACUUGCUGAAGACCCGUAUAAUGUGAAAUUCGUAAAGAAACAAGUAGAAUCUACGAAGAAACGAAGAAGGAAAAGAGAGUUAAGAAGAACUUGCCAAGAUCGCUGGUGGUUCACCUUCGCAGAGGUAUGCUAGUGAAACAAAUUCCAAAAAACUUGACAUGAAAGUGAAUCGUUUCAAUUAACUAAGUGUGAUGUACCAAAAAAGAAAAAGCUUACGAAGUAAGCCUUUUAUACCAAAGUCUAUUUGUGUAAGAAUUUCAAAGAUGCCAAAAUGUAUAUUAUUUAUUUAAAAAUAUGUUACCUAUAUGUAUGUGAUUCAAAAAGGUUUCUCAUGGAUUUGGCCCAAUCAAGCUCUUUUUAUAAUUAUUUCACAUAUGACUGAUUAUUGAUUUGCCAAAUCCAUCUCGUACCUAUCUUGUAUAUAUUUUACAUAAUUAUAGGAAAAAAGGCAAAUGAAAUGUAUAGUUGCGAUUUUCAAGAAACAUUUUUAUUGUACUUCCGAAAAUUUCACCUGAACCUUUAUACUUCUAAUAAACAUAACCAUAAGAACAAAAAGUAGUCAAAAUCCUUUAUAAAAUCUACAUCACAGAACGUUCUCGAAGUAAAAAAGUUCAUCAUCAGUGCUGUUAACAGGUUUUACGUGCUUGAGCCACCAAAAUAUAGGAGUAAAAACCCUUUAAAUGUUGUACAGUUAUAGAGAAUUUGCAAUGUUUAUAUGAAAGGUUUAUGGGUGAGGUUUUAAAUAAUCCUAGAUUUUACAUCAGGCAACACAGGACUCACUGGCAACAAUCAGCACAAAACCGUGAAGUGUGGAAACAAUUGGGGGAGACCUAUGUCCAGCAGUGGACGUGAAUUAGUUGGAUGAUGAUGAUGAUGAACACAGGACUCUCCACAACACGUGGGUUGCUAGUUCAGAGGGCAGCAACUAUUGUUGCCAGUUGCUACAAUAACCAGUAAUAAUAACCAGUUGCUAUUUAGAGUCUGUAAUGUGAGAAGCCAAGACGGGCCGGACAUGUGAUAAGAAUGGGAGACGAUAGGCUACCGAAAAGAGCACCGAAUGCUGGAAUGAAGGGAAAGAGACCGGUUGGAAAGCCAAGAAAGCGCUGGGAAGACACAGUAAACAGCGACGCACAAGCCCUUUUAGGAGUCCGUAUAUGGAGAAGAGCAGCCACAGACAAGCAAGGGUGGAGGCAAAAAAUAAAGGAGGUCAAGGCUCAAUUUGAGCUGUAGUGCCGUAGAAGAAGAAGAAGAAGAAGAAGAAGAAGAAGAAGAAGAAGAAGAAUGUGAGAAGCAUUGUUGAAGAAUACUUUACAGGAUUAUACUCGUCCAGUGUAGCAAAACCCGAAACCCAGGAUAUGUAACGGAGAAUACUAAAUGUAGGAUCUGAAACACUAUCAGAAAUUACUAACGAGGAAGUUAUAACUGCUUUAAAAUAGAUGAAAAAUGAAAUAACUCCUGGAAACGACCGAAUAACAAAGGACACGAUUACACCUAGAGGUCAAACCAUUUUGGAGGCAGUUAAAAUCUUAAUGAACAAGUGUGUCUUUGAGGGUGUUAUUCCAACCUAUUGGCAAAAUGCGCAGGUACUUUUACUACACAAGAAAGGAGACAAAUGAAAACACAAACAACACAAAACAAACACGAAAAUUACAGACCAAUAAACCUGUUGCCACAUCCGUACAAACUGCUUACCAUAAAUAAUUACCAACAGACUACCAAAAAUUACUAGACUACCAAAAGAUUACCAAAGGUAGUCUAUUACAGACUACCAAAGCUUAUACUACCAUAGAACACCUACAGACAAUAAGAACACUUAUCGAAAAGUAUAACGAAUACAAUGAACCUCUUCAUUUGGCCUUUGUGGAUUACAAUAAGGCAUUCGAUUCCAUAGAACUUCUGGACCGUAUUAGAAGGAAUGAAUAACGCAAGAAUUGAUUCCAGAUAUAGAAUAUUCCUAAAAUACAUAUACGGCAAGGCAACUAAGCAAAUAAAUGUAUCAGAGGGUCUAAUAACAAGCAAAAUAAGAAGGGAGAGAGGUGUUAGACAGGGAGACCCUAUCUUUCCAAAAUUAUUUACUCUUGCAUCAGAUGUGUUCAAGAAGUUAAAUUGGAAAGGCUGAAGAAGAAGAAUAAUGUGAGGUUCUGCCCUCUGGAUUAGCAACCCACAUGUUGUCGGGAGUCAUGUGUUGCCUGAUGUAAAAUCUAGGACUAUUUUAAACAUCGCACUUAAUUUCAAAUAAACAUGUAAAUUUUCUAUAACUGUAGGUACAUAUAAAGGCUUUUAAUCCCUAUAUUUUGGUGGCACAUACAUGUAACACUUGUUAGCAGCACUGAUGAUGAACUCUUUAGUUCGAAAACGGGCUGUGAUGUAGCUCAUUAAUGGAUUUUUUAAAUAAAAUGUACAGCCAAAUAAUACAGCCAAAGGACAAAUAUUUCGAUGUUUCUCGAUAUCUAUGUUAUAGAAUACCAAUAAACAAAAAUUAUAUUUCCAUUAAACUAGCGCUUUGAGAAAUCUAUUAUCAAAUCUAAAUAAAAUUUUGUAUACAUCAUUGUAAGAUGCUGAUGUUCACACCGUUAUCCCAGUUUCACACACUAAGAAUUUGAACGUGCGGUCGCUAGAACCCUCGAUGACAUUCCAAUGGUGGCUCAAGCAAUCCCAUGGUAACUUUUACGUUACACGACGACUUCACCCAACGUUCCAACAAGAGAUGUUGAAAAAGUAUCUAUUCGUUACAAAGUACUCGUUACUUACGAAUUCCGAAAGUAACGAUUACUAUAAAGAAAGGCAAAUCGUUACUUUGAUUACUUCGUACUAAUCGUAUCAGAGCAAGUAACCACUAUUGUAUCUACAACCAGGACACUUGAUUACUUUCUACCAAUCGUAUCCCAGCGAGUAACGGACGGGACCGGUAUUUUAUGAGUGUUAUAGAAUAUCGUUAUCGGUAUGAAGCGUUUUAAGUGUGUGAGUGUGAGAAGAUAGAAGAUGAAACAGAGGGAGGUAUAAUGGUAUACGUAAAAUAUGUAAUGUAUGUCAUUAACAAAGAUCGAAUGCGAGAACCCUAUAUUUUUAACUAGAUCUACGCCAUUUGCCGAUGUAGAUUAGAUAAUAGAUCUUGUUAUAUCGGAAUACCUAUACAAAAUACCUACCUACUGAGAAAUACGAUUCUCGAUAUGAUUACCGGUACUCAAAUACAAAAGUUACAAAAGUAAUCAUAGUAAUCAAAGUAAAGAAUAUUUUAAAUGAUUACUUUAUACAAAAGUAACGAUUUGUAACGAAUACUCGAAAGUAACUAUAAUCAACAUCACUAGUUCCAACUGGCGUGUAAUGAGAAAGGUACCAUAGGAUUGCUCGAGCCACUAUUGGAAUGUCUUCAUGCGUUCCAACCAUCGCACGUUCAAAUUCUUAGCCCGUGAAACGACGGUUAUGUUUAACUUCAAGUGAAGUGUUUUGAAGUACUUUUAAAAAUUUAUAUUUCCCAUUUAAAUCAUCUCCCUUAUAUUAGAAGCAUAAUCGAGUACCUACAUUUUAUACACAGUAAUUGCUCUCCAUUGCGUAAAUGUCGCUAUAUUUUGUUUCUUGAAAAUGUGAAAUGUCCCUAGUGCUGCUGGGUCAGUAGUCAGAGGAAGUAUUGAGUACAAAGUUCGUUUGAGGUACCAUCUCUUAAAAUUUUUAAAUAUUUUUACUAUGAUAUUAAACUAGAUACCUAGUAUUUACUACUUAUUGUAUUCAUAUAAAACAACAGAUAAAAAAUUAUGAGGGAGACUUAUGUCCAGCAGUGGACAAGCGAAGAUUGAAUGAUGAUAAUAUAUACAUUUAAGUGGCGAGAAUAACAUUUUUUUUUUUAAUUUAAAUUAACAUGUCUAAGAAACAAAGGCCAUUGACACGGUUACAAAAGUAAGGAUUACAGUAUAUUUGAAAAUAAUUACAAUGCGAGCAAAUGAUAAGAACUUACGAACAAUAUCUACAUGGCGCAGUAUUUGAGAAACAUUAUCACAUUAUUAAAGUCACUAUUGUCACUAAGAGUUACGGUUAGGUCAGCAUCCAGUUUGUGAAGUCUUCGUGUAUUGGUGUAUAGAUGGCCUCAACUAGUAUGUGUUUGACAGUGACACGGGUAUUGCUUAUAUGGCACGAAAGAUGAUUGCUUUGACUCAUCAGGUAACCAUGCGUAAGACGGCAAUGUCCAAUUCCUAGUCCUCUUAUGACAACUUUGUCUCUUCUACAAUGUGCUGGUAUUUUUAAGGUAGGGAUUCUGGGUUGAAUAUCAUGAAGUUUUGAGCUUGUUCUAUUCCAGAGGUUUUACUAGGCUCUCAAGCACAUUUAAUUGACUGUAUAUUGUAAAUCUACUCCAAAUUUAAUAGUCUCUAUUGAAAUAUCAAAAAGGGAUGCCUUUUUAGCUAUUUGAUUUACAUUUUCAUUUCUUGUAAUAUCUACAUAAUGUGAUGGAGUCCAAAAAAUGUUAGCCAAUUAAUUUUAAUUAAUUAAUUAAUUUUAAUUGGAGGCAUGCUUUGUGGAUAGGGCUUUUCAUCGAUUUUCAAUUGUUUCGAGCUUCUCUCAUAUGCUAUAUAAUCUGUGUAUAAUAUUAAUAUACACGGAUUCUACGACAUAUGACAGAAGCUCGAAACAAAUGACUGUGAACGAAAUUACUUUGAAUUAAUGGAUUUUGGAAGUAAAUAUUCCUGAUAGAUAAAAUAGGGGGUAGUGAGUCAGAAUAACAAUGACAUCUUGAAUAUAUCAAUAUCUUUCAAACUGGUUUACAGUUUAUUUUAAUUUUAAUUUGCAUGUAGUUGAGUCUUGCACGCUUUGGUCAUUUAGUAUCUCCAGCCUCAUCCUGGUCCAGAUAAUCUCUGACUCACUGUCAAUAUGGAGUGUCAUGUAGUCUUCCCUCUGUAUAAGACUUUGGAGUCCAGGAUUGCCCAGUGCUCCAUCUUCAGUUCUGCCUUUUGUUAAUCAAGACUGCUAAUGCCACAUUAAACUUCCCACUUUUGCUCUCUAAAAAGUAGACCAUCAGAGUUCUUCAGCCUUAACCAUUUUUUAUUCCAUUUUUUCUUUAAGAAAGGCCUCUGUGUUAUUAAUGGUCUCUUUUCUUCCAUAUAUCAACCCAAAGUAACCGUCCAUGAGUAAACUUCCUUGAUACAGAGAAGCAAAUGGAGAUUCUUCUUCUUCUUACGUGCCUAUCCGUUGGCGAUCAGCAUGGCUAUCCUUACUUUGCUUGCUGCUAUUCGGAACAGUCCGGUGGUAGAUGUAUUGAACAACUUUCUCAGGUUUUGAAGCCAAGAAAUUGUUCUUCUCCCUGAUCCUCUCUUUCCAAAUACCUUGCCCUGAAGAAUGCCUAUUCAUUCAUCAUAAUAUGGCCAAGAUAUUCUAACAUGCACUAUAUUUGAUUGAUUGUGUUAAUAGUCUUGCAUUCCUUGUCCAUUCUACGUAGGACCUCAACGUUAGUCACAUGAUCCAACCAUGAAAUUCUUAAAAGACGUCUGUAACACCACAUAUCGAAGGCCUCGAGUUUUCUAAAAGAAGCUUAAGAAAGUGUCCAGACCUCUACUCCGUAUAAUAACGGAGAAAAUACAUAGUAUCUGAUGAUAGAGUUUUUGAUACCAAGAGGUAAAUCGUGAUUUCUGAAAAGAGACUUCAUCAUUACGUCUUCUUGCUUGCUUGCUUGCUCAUCUUGCUUUUCCUAUUCUCUGUUUUAUUUCAAUAGGUAUGUGUAGCUGCCCACUCUGUCAAUUGGUUGUUAGUGAACCAAAACCCGUGUAUUUAAUAUUUUGCGCUUACUGAGUGACUUACUACUUCAAGUUGGAACAAUACAAUGAAAAAUCUUUUAACUUUUUUAGCCGUCUGUUUUUCUAUUUGUAGCAUCCUUUGUCAUCAUGUGUUUGUUAAAUUGCUAAAUAAAUUUUGAACUAAUUAGAAUAAAUAUCAUUAUGAAUAUAUGGAUAUACAUAUGGUAUUAAAUUUUAUAGAGAUGGUAUUUCUAAAGAAACCAUAAACUCUGAGAACUGGUCUAAAUUAUUAAAUUAGCCAAAAAUGAUAUGAAACUACAAUGAUCGAAAAUGGAAAGGAACUUUAGAGGUAUCAAAAAAUUUGUAAAUAUAGUCCAGUUAUAACUUUUUAAUAAUUUAAAAAUUGAAAGAACGAAUUUAUCUUAGAUAGGGUGAAUAAAACUAUUAAUCAUAUAUGUUGUAUUGCUUUUACUCAUUACCGAUAUAUCAUUGUGACUGAUCUAUGUUGAAAGAUAUUACGAAAACCAAACCUUAUCUGCUAUUUACCUUGCCGUUUCACAACUCCUUUGAUUUUUAUUUUAUAGUCCAUUCAUUCAUGGUAAAAUAUUGCAAAACCUUCGAAUUUUAAAAAACCGCUAGGAUUGACAUGAAAUUUAGCAUAUAGCUAACAUGUCAAAGAAAAAAGUGAUAUUGUGCCCAUGUGUGCUUUUGCCCCGGGGGUAAUUACCACCACUUAUCGGGGGUAAAAAGGCUUACGUUCAAAAUAAGUCCGGAGGUGGAUAAACUGACUAAUUCUAAGCAACUUUUGUUUUGUAGAGUUUUUUAACUAAGUCUAUAUUUUCCAGUUAUUUGUGAGCGAAUAUGUUCAUUUUUCAACAACAAAAAACCACGUUUUUCGCAAAUAAUUCCAAAAGUAAGGAUUUUCAGGGGUGAUUUCCACAGUUUUUUUUAAUAAAAAAAACUAUUUUGAGCGUAACUUCUUCUUCUUCUUCUUUAGGUGCCGUGUCUGUAAUCAGACAUUGGCCGUCAUCAUGUUUACAAUUUCCUGAAAUCUCUCUCUAUCGGCUGCUGCGCGAAAUAAUUCUUCUACUGUGCAGCCACACCAUUGUCUAAUAUUACGCAGCCAUGAAAGUUUCUUUUGACCAAUCCAUCUCUUUCCCUCCACUUUUCCUUAUAUUAUAAGGCGAAGCAGAUGGUAUUUAGGGCCUCUAAUUAUACUGCCGAAGUAUUCUGUUUUUCUCCUCUUUAUGAUGCUUAUGAGCAGACGUUCUGAAUUCAGCAUUUGAAGAACAUCUUCAUUGGAAGUGUGCGAAACCCACUAUAUCUUUAGGAUUCGUCGAUAGCACCACAAUUCGAAUGCUUCUAUUUUGUUUAGCAUUGUGGUUUUUAAUGUCCAUGUCUCACAACCGUACAAUAGGAUAGACCACACAUAACAUUUCAGCACCUUCUUUGGAAUAUUCAUCGACAAGUUUCUGUUACAUAAAACUGGUUUCCAGGUCGUAACUUAUUUACUUUUAAUUCUAGAAACUUAAAAAAAAACAAAAAUGAAGCAUUUUUUAAACACUUUAAAAAAGUUGUGAUGAGUUGUGCUUCAUUUUUUGGUUAUUUUACGUUAAAAUAUUCGAUUUGGAAUUUGACGAAUAAGAACCUACAUUUCAUUAGCUGCAACCCUGCUUCUACUGGGUCUAUGAACUUCAUACAUACACAAUUAUUUUUACCAUGAAGAGAAGUAUCCAUAUUUCACAAAUAAUGUGGUCUCGAGGUAACAAAGUACAAAAAACUCGAAGAAUUACCAUAAAUUUCUUUUAUUAAAAAGAUCAAUAAAAUUGGACGCGUUUCGGCUCAACAAGAGCCAUCAUCAGCAUAUAAGUACAGAAAAACAAACAUCAAGAACUGACCAGAACAGGAAGGAGGAAGAAUCAACUAGAUUAAAAGACAAACAUUACUGCACAAACAUUCUUUGGUUGUUCUGUUAAGCGAUUUUUACAUUAUUUUAUAAAUAAAAAAGUAAUUGUGUAAGGACAUCUUCAUGUGGAGGACAAUGUGUUCGCAAGAUGGUUCCUCCACAUGAAGAUGUCCUUACACAAUUACUUUUUGAAGUUAUACUUCUUUACGCGCGAUAUGAGGGUGAAUUUUUGUAUGUUAAAACCUACGAUCCCGGCGCAUGCGCAUUAUAACUUUGUUCUGAUUGGAUGUUCAAAUGACAUGUCAAAAAUUAUCCAAUAUGGCAGCUGUGGUUUGGACGGUUGACGGUUUGGUUAUGUAUGGUUGUUGCGUUUUAAAAUUUGUGGAAAGAGAAACAACAAAGGUUAGUUAAUAGUUAUACUGCCUUUUUAAAUAGUUUUCAUAUUAUAUUUUUGAAGUUAUACUUCAAAAUGUUUUAAUGUAUGUAUGUAUCAGUCCAGAAAAGGUGUGGAAAGAAUAUAUUAGUGUUUUUAAAUAUAUUUUUCUACAAACGUGUUAAAAAUGCAAUUUUUAGCACUCCAUAUGAGCGUUAAAAAUGCUACUUUAAUGCACUAGUGCUUUAAAGUUUUUAAGGCACUGCAAUUAAAAGUGAAUUGUCAAAUUGUGAAACGUCAAAAUAUUUAUAUUUCAUUUAUUAACAUUAAUAUUAAUAAUACAACUUGCGCAAUUUGAAAGAAAAAAGUGGUUUAAAAGGUUUUUUAUUAUAAUUUUGUGUCUUUGGAUUUGUCUUCCUUGGGCGUAAAAUAAUAAUACAUCUAUUUUUAUAUUUGACUUGUCACCGUGAUGUAUAAUUAUGUAUAUCUGAAAGGUAAAUUGCAUGCGGCUUGAUGGCCUUGUUGGUAGAGAAUUGGACCAGAGAUCAAAAAUCGCGAGAUUGCGGGUUCAAAUCCCGGACGAUUUAUACUUUUUUCUUUUUUUUUAAUAUUUGGCACUGUUUGGUUCAUUUUUGGUAAUUAUUGUUAAUUUUUUGUAUUGUAACUGUUAAGUAGGUAUAUUUAUUUCGUUGAAAUUAUAUUAUAAUAGAAGUAUAACUUCUUACGUGCGUACAAAGUACACACACAUUCUUUUUUUAUUUAUAAAAUAAUGUAAAAAUCGCUUAACAAAACGACCAAAUAAUGUUUGUGCAGUAAUGUUUGUCUUUUAAACUAGUUGAUUCCUCCUCCUUCCUUUUCUAGUCAGUUAUUGAUGUUUAUGUUUUGUACUUAUAUGCAGAUGAUGGCUCUUGUUAAGCCGAAACGCGUCCAGUUUUAUUGAUCUUUUUAAUAAAAAAAACUUUGUGGUACUUCUUCGAGUUUUGUGUACUUUGUUGACUCCAUUAUUUUUACUUUUUUAUAAGCUUAUAAAAUACUUCUGUGUUAUUUGCGAAAAACCAUCUAAAACAAUGUUUUUUUUUGUUGUUGAAAAAUGAAGGUGUUCAUUCGCUAAUAACUCGAAAAGUAUUAACUUAGUGAAAAAACCUAUAGAUCAAAAGUUGCUUAGAAUUAAUCACUUUAUCCACUUCCGGACUUAUUUUGGACGUAGGUAGAUUUUUUUAUCCCCGAGAAGGGGUGGGUUUCACCCCAAAGGCAAAAGCUCACAUCGGCACAAUAUCACUUUUUUCUUUUACAUGGUAGCUAUAUUAUGUACGCCAAGUUUAAUGUCAUUCCCAGCGGUUCUUUAAAGUUCGGAGGUUUUGCAAUACGGUACCGUGAGUAAAUAGGCUAUAAUUUUUAUUUUUGUACCUGCAAAUAUAUCAAAAAUAUGUAUAUUUUCACUCUGAAUGCGCCUGCCACAUAGUAUAUUAUUCUGUGUGCUAUCUGUUGAUUAUUAAGGUAAUGGCUGAUCUUGAGUAACAUUUUCUUGUAGACUAUUUCCUUUUUAUCAAAUAAAAUGGAAUUUUUUUGAAAGUUUUUAUAUAUAGCUACUUUUUAUAUGUGUAUUUUUCAUAUUUCAAAUGAAGACAGUAGAACAACAAAGAUAGAGAACAGCUACUACAGACUCUAAUCGGGCAGAUAUUGUAAUAAGUAAAAAUAUUGGGAGAAUAGUUUAAAAAAUUUGUAAUUUUUAAUUUUGCUUUUAUCUAGACCGACCCAGUUAUGGAUUUUUUGUUUGUGACGUGUUCUGUCCACGAUAUUUUCAGAAUUCUACACAACUCCCAAUUUUGUCAUUGAUGCCGCAUUCAAGGUCGAAGCUUCCAUUUCAUAAAGCAAAAUCGAGAAAUGAUAGCACCUAGCCAACCUAACUCUUAGCUCGAACUUCAAAUCUCUCAUUUUGUUAAAAUUUGCUCUAGCCUUUUCUAUUCUGCUUUUGAUUUCCUGAAAGUAAUCAUUUGUAGAGUUGAUCAUUGUGCAAAGAUAUUCAUAUUGGUCUACUUGUUCGACAUUGGUUCCAUUUAUGAGAAUAUUCUUGUUAUUUCUUUGAGUUUUCGAUAUUCUCAUAAAUUUUGUCUUCUUGACGUUCAUUGUCAGACCAUAUUCUUGUCCAUCCUCCGCUGAUCUGGCCACCAGUUUCUGAAAAUCUUCAAUAUUUUCAGCUAAGAUAACAGUGUCAUCCGCAUGUCUAAUUUUGUUAAUGGGCAUUUUCUUCUACGCCACUUACCUAUAUUGAUCUAGAUUGUAAAAUUAAUUAUUUUAUAUUGACUCCUUAAAUGGUUUUAUGGUUUCCUUCUUCUUUUCUAAAAUAUUUUUUAAAAGGAAAAUGAAUGUACUUUGAUGGCUAUGAAAUUUAUAUUAGAGGUAGGUGUUUCUUCUACUUUUCUCUUUCUUAUUUUGUUGGCAUUGUACUGCAUUGGCUAUUUACCUUUUUUAGACAAGACAAAGAAAAUUAAACUGCAGAAAUAACCAGAAGAAUAAUAUUGACUUGGAUAGCAGUGGUUAAACUAAGCUUUGUUAUAAAAGAUCCAAAAAUCCCUGUUAAUUUAAGACCAAAGGUAUUUGACACAUGUACCCUUCCUGCCAUGACUUAAGAAAUGGAGACCAUGAUACUUACAAACCAAUCUCUCAAUAGACAUAGAACAACUCAAAGAAUCACAUUGAGAGACUUAUGAUAAAUGUAAGCUUAAGAGAUCAUAUGAGAAAUGAAGAUCUAAUAAGAAGAACCAAAGUAAAAGAUGUUAUCGAAAUUAUCGUAAAAUCGGCAGGAUAUGUGGCAAGAGAAAGCGAAGAGAUGUGGACAAAGAUAAUACAAUGGCGACCAAGAACAUAAACGAGGCAUAGAAAGACUGCAAAAAGGUGGAUCGACGACAUUAAAGAAACGGCAGGUAAAAACUUGCACCAGACACCUCAAGACAGGCGAAUAUGGUUAACACAAGGGGAAGCCUAUGUCCAGGACUGGACCAAAAGAGUCUGCUAAAAAAGAGAGAAAAGAUUGUUAAUGAAGUGUAAUGAUUUCCUGAAGGUAGCUUACUCAUAUCAAAACGUGUUAUGUGUUUCUGUUCGAUUACUUGUAACGUAUUUCUUUGGUAUUAUUUGUUUUUUCAUUAGAUCUUAUAUAUAUAUCAAAAAAGAUCCUCAUCUUAUCUAUAUCAAAUUUUGAGUUUAUAAAAAUGUAAAAGUGAAUACAUAGACCAAGCAAAACUAACACUAUCGGAAAGCUAAAGUUUUUGCACACUUCGGCUACAGGCUAUCUAGCUAGACCUCGUUCUUCUUUCAUGCCUCUCUGUCUUGUGCAUUUUGCAUCCAUCUUGACCUGGCGUGUUUCUUCAAGUUAUCUGACCAUCGCAUUUGUGACCUUCUCCUUUUUCGUUUGUGGUUCCACGGUCUCCAGUGUACAAUCAUCUUAGUCCAUCUUUCAUCCUUCUGCCUUAGCAUAUGUCCGACGAACUUCCAUUUAAGUUUUACUACUUGGGGUGAAACAUAUCUCACUUUUGUUUUGUUACGGAUCCAUUCGUUUCUUUUCCUGUCUAAUAGUUUAAUAAAAAAAACCAUGAAAUCCUUUAUAAAAGGUAUAUUUGUUAAAAUCCCUAUACAGGACUACAUCAUAAAACAAACAGAACUAGUUUUCAAUCGGAUGACUGAUAAUCAUCAGUGUUUCUUGAAUCGAACAUGCUAACUACCAAAGUAAAAAUAUUAGGAUAAAACCCUUUAAACUUAAUCCGUCAUAGGAACAUAAAAAAGAUGUGAUUUUACACAUGGAUGUAUAAAAUAUCCAAUGUUUCACUCUCGAGGUACCAAUGAACUAAAUUUGACUUGAUCACAUCAUGGCUAGUAGACUUGCUUCACUAGAAACAUUGGAUAUUUUAUACAUCCAUGUGUAAAAUCACAUCAUUUUUAUAUGUUCCUAUGACGGAUUAAGUUUAAAGGAUUUUUACCCUAAUAUUUUUACUUUGGUGGUUACCAUGUUCGAUUGAAGAAACACUGAUGAUGAUCGGUCAACCGAUUGAAAACUAGUUCUGUUUGUUUUAUGAUGUAGCCCUGUAUAGGGAUUUUAACAAAUAUACCUUUUAUAAAGGAUUUCAUGGUUUUUUGUAAUAAAUGGUAUACAGCCAACCUCAGGAAAUUUUUCCUCGUGGAUUGUUUAAUAGUUUAAUGUUCAGCAUAUGUCUUUCAAUGGAUCUUUCUGUCUUUGCUAUUUUUUCCAUAUUUUCCAUUGUAAACGUUCAGGUCUGAGAGUCAUAUGAGGACAGGGAACACCUAUACAUUGAUUGAAGACUGUUGUUUUUAGUUAUUGGGGGUAUUUUCUGUUCUUUAGAAUAUGAGACAGUUUUUCGAAUGACGCCCAGACCAAUCUUAUUCUUCUCUUUAUUUCUUCGGUCUGAUUUUCUUUAUAUAAUUUAGUAAUUUGUCCCAGAUAUACAUACUCUUUGGCUUGUUUCAUUUUUGUUUGUGCCACUGUAAUUAUUAGUUCUUCUUAUUGAUUGGUCAUGGUUUUCGUUUUACUGCAAUUCAUCUUCAGUUCUAUCUUUGUCGAUUCUCUACCAUCAUUCUUUGUAAUUCUUAACUUUUUUUGUUAUUACAAUAUCAGACAACAGUAGCUUGCAGGCUACUUAAAAAUGAAAGCAAAAAUCGUGAAUCUAAAUACAAAGCUUUUAUUAUCUGCUAAAAAUAAGCUAUAUAACAUUUUGCGCUGUUUCAAUAUUCUGCCCAACUUUUUACUGAAUGUCAAACCCUACUAUAUUAAAUUUUUAAAAAUAUGUUUGAUAUUUUCCUCUCGUCUAUGUAGAUAGAACCCUAAUGUUCAUUGAUACUCUAAUAUAUUAUCUACAUUAUGUAUGUGUAGCUAGUAUCAACAAUUUUUUGCUAUAAUAUAUGUCACGUUGAUGUUCCAUAUAGAGAUGACUAUAAUAAAUGUUUGUGUGUGCAAUUCUCAAUAGACUUACAAAAAGUCAUCAGUAGCGGAUUUUGGAAAUGUUACUCAAGAAACUCGACCAUUUCCUUUAGUAAACUCAUAGUUUGAAUGUUAUAUAUGUUGUCAACAGAUCCGUAACAUUUAACAUUGCUGGUAAUUGUUUAUAAUGGGAUAUGAUGUUCAUUCUAUUUAUGUAAUCCAGAUGAUUAUUUAUUUGUACAGAACUUCUGUUUAUACAAUUUACGCUAAAUGAAUUUAUUAUUUUACUAAACGUAAGCAUAAGUAUUAUGAAUGUUUUUUGAAAUAAAGAAAUUGUUUUUUA